AUGUCGCAGCCAAACCGACCACACCGGCGUGCAGCGCGGUUGUCCGCACAUCUGUGCCCGUUGUCUCGGAGAGAUGAGCGCGGAGCCUGUGGAUGCAACACGCCUCGCCAUCAGAGCUUGGUUCCACAGAUCUGCCGCAAUGAUCCGGCAACAGGCUACAGCUGGAGGGAGGUUCAUGAUGACCUCGAGGCGGGCACCUAUGCAGGAUGCUAUGGUUGGGACCAUGCUGCCUACUGGGGCAUCUCUGAGGCUAAAGCUGGUGUCGACUUGAAGGAGUGGUACAAGACACGAACAGAAGCUGAGUUCUACUUGCCAGAGUUCAAGGAGCUCAUUGAUGAUCCGGCGACCCGAAAGGAUUGGGAUCGCAUCUCAACCUUUGACCCCUUGGGCAUGACGGCUCAUCCUCCCACCAUUGCUGCUUGCAAAGCCAAGCUGGACAUUCCAGAGCUCAAGAACUUGCGCAUGGACGGGGAGAUUGUGUUACCGUCGAACGAGAUCGUUACGUCGAAGUGUGCAAUCAGCUAUGCCUGGAAUAUUCCUCUCAUGGCAGACAGGGUGGGCCUCAGCGAGCAGGAGCUGCGAGAGGCACUGCAUAAGUUCUCCCAUGACAGCCGGCUACUGGAUCCCAAGGUGAAAACCUACCUUCCAGCCGUGGGCGGCCUCACCAUUUACACUUUCGGUGACGCACGAAAGCUGAAGGAUGAAAAGACGGAGGUUUGCGUACGUGUUCAUGACGAGUGCAUAGGUUCCGAUGUCUUCGGGAGUGACAUUUGCAGCUGCCGGCCCUACCUGAUUUUUGCAUUGCGUGAGGCUGUCGAGUGUGCUCAACGGGGCGGGGUCGGUGUCGUCAUCUACUUCAGGAAAGAGGGACGAAGCCUUGGUGAGGUGAUCAAGUUCCGGGUGUACAACGCCCGUGUGAAUCAAGACGGUGGUGACCGCCCAGAGAUGUACUUCCACCACACCGAGGCCAUCGCAGGCAUACGAGAUGCUCGAUUCCAGACCAUGAUGCCGGAUGCUUUGAACUGGAUGGGGAUCCGACGCAUUGAUCUUCUGUGUUCCAUGAGCAAUGAGAAGUAUGAGGCAAUCACCGGUGCUGGCAUCCGGGUCAUGAAGAGAGUUGACCUUCCCGACAACUACAUCAAGGACAGUAUGCGGGUCGAGCUUGACGCCAAGAUUGCAAGCGGAUACCACUCUGACAAAGUGGAGGGCGAGUCUAGCUGA